AUGUCUAUCCCAAUUCUAAAAUUUCCGACUGUUAUUCAACGAGAAAUUAUCAAGCUACUCACCUACCAUGAAAUAUUUCUGAUGAGUUUAUGCUCGGAACAUUUCAAAACCCAAAUCCAACUAUUCAACCUAAAACCACAAAUUGUGUCAUACCAACUUGGCCCCACAGGUACUCGAGUUUUUGUGAAGAACGAUGACAAUACAGUUUGUUCAUUGGCAUAUAUCUUAAAUGGAUCAUAUAUUCCUGUGGAAGAACAAGUGCCGAUGAAGUUGGGAGGGAUGCCGUUGGCAUGCAGAUGUGACAAAACAGAACUUGCGGAAGACGACGGCAUGCACAUUUUACGUUAUUUGGAACUUGAGAAAAACCAAACGUUGAAAGCCUUACAUAGCCAUAUCAACACAUUGUUCCACCACAAACCGAGAAUUCAGCUACAAAUCCAUUCGAACCGUGAUUUGGAAACGUCAGAAAUUAUAAAUGAUGUCCGCGACUCUACAAUUGUUUUAAAAACAACAAAACCGCCAAAUUUGGAAAACUUUUUAACCACCCAUCCAAAUCAAGAGAAUAUCAAAAUAGAAUUGAUUUAUCACACUAUCAAAUGGAUACCUCAUCCUAAAUUAUUGAGUAUGGAUGGGUUAUCGAUUCAUAAACUUGGAUUAAACGCUAAGCCUUUCUUGGAUAUGUUCACUGGGAGAUAUUUGAUUCUUGACAGUCCUCAACUGAAAGAAACGGAUUUCAUAGUAUUUAUCAAAAAAUGGAAACAAAACGAAAUGUGCAAAAAUCUACGUGCUCUGAUUGUCAAAAAUUCUCAACUACUAUUCAAUAAUCGCCGUGUACUGAGACGCAUCAAUGCAUUAAAAUGGGAUGAGACCAGGAGACCAAAGAGUUUCAGAUUUGAUUCCAUGUUAACCACUCUCGAACCGGAUAUUCACGGAGACAUCGAUUGCUCCAGCUAUGCUGAUAUUCAACAAGAUGAUGGGGGAAAAUGGGCGUCGAUCAAGAUAACAAAACAUGGAGUCUCAUUUUUUGUCUGGGACUAG